AUGCUCUCAGUGAGCUGGAGUCGAUUCUCCAGUGCUUCGGUAUAUCCUUUCUCUGGUCCUCUUCGAAGCUGUUCGGGCCAGUUGCACGGUCGGUUGUUCUCAAGACAUUGUUCGCAAACGGGUUUAAGGCCGCUGCACUUUUGCUUUCUCGAGCGACACGAGUUGCAAGCAAUUGUGAUACGUGCUGGUCUUUUCUCUUUUGAUUUCGAUGCCAUCUUAUUUUCUUCUUGUGGCAGGUCAAGAGGCGUUGAGGGGAGUGGGGUACACGCAGUGGUAGACGGUAGACCCCAUCGCCUGAAAGUUCUGCCGAAUGUCCCGGUUUGUCGCUACAUCGGCCAUCCGACGAAAAGGCAGGAUGAACUAUCAGCCACCUUUGAUCGCCGUGUUUUAUAUAUAGUCUGGACAUCCAUCUGCAUUCAAUUUACUCAUUACAUCUUCUCCAGUUCCACGCAUAUUUCCUCCUUCAAUAUGGCAUCAAAGAAUUCAUACCGCAUUGCCUCUAUCCCAGGCGAUGGCAUUGGUCUCGAGGUAGUCAGUGCUACUAUCCAGGUCGUCAAGAAACUCGCAAAGACCCUUGGCACAUUCAAGAUCGACUUUGAGCAUAUCCCGUGGGGAACCGAGUACUACAAGCAAACCGGACGAUAUGUGUCUGAAGAUUACCUUGACACCAUACGCCAGUACGAUGCGGUAUUAUUCGGUGCCGUUGGAUCACCCGACGUGCCCGAUCACAUCUCGCUCUGGGGCCUACUCCUGGCCCUCCGCGGCCCACUCCAGCUAUACGCGAACGUACGACCAGUUCGAACUUUCCCGGGAACCAAAUGCCCUCUCAACACCGCAACUGAAGGCAUCGACUGGAUGCUCGUACGGGAAAACUCCGAAGGCGAGUAUGCCGGGCAAGGCGGACGGUCUCACGUCGGACAGCAAUGGGAAGUCGCGACGGAAGUGGCAAUAUUCACGCGCGUGGGAAUCGAGCGAAUUAUGCGAUUCGCAUUUGAGACAGCGCAGUCGCGGCCGCGUAAGCUCCUGACCGUCGUCACGAAGAGCAACUCCAUGCGCAACGGGAUGGUUCUGUGGGAUGAAAUUGCGGAAUUGGUUGCGAAGGACUUCCCCGAUGUGACCUGGGAUAAGAUGCUUGUUGAUGCGAUGACUGUUCGUAUGGUGGCGAAGCCGCAGUCAGUCGAUACGAUUGUUGGGACGAACUUGCAUAUGGAUAUUUUGUCUGAUCUUGCUGCUGCAUUGGCGGGAUCCAUUGGUGUUGCGCCUUCUAGUAACUUGGAUCCUACACGCAAGAAUCCGUCGAUUUUUGAGCCUGUCCAUGGUAGUGCUUUUGAUAUUACUGGGAAAGGGGUUGCGAAUCCGGUUGCUACCUUUUGGUCGGCGGCGGAGAUGCUUGUCUGGAUUGGUGAGAAGGAUGCUGCUGCUCAGCUGAUGGGUUGUGUAGAGCGUGUCUGUGCUGCAGGGAUUCUGACUCCUGAUCUGGGGGGAACAUCUAACACUCAAGGGGUUGUGGAUGCUGUUUGCCUGGAGAUUGAGAAGUUGUGA